GCUCAUGUCCAGCUUUUUGUCCAUCAGGACCCCUCAGUCCACAGGGCUGCUCUCAGUACAUCCUUCUCCCAGUCUGUCCUUAUCUCUAGGAUUGCUUCAACCCCAGUGUGACACUUUGCACUUGGCCUUGUUCAUCCUCAUUAGGUUCAUGUGGGUGUACUUCUCAAGCCUGUGCAAGUCUCUCUGGAUGGUGUCUCCCCCUUCUGUUCUGUCAGCUGCACCACUCAGCUUGGUAUCAUCAGCAAAUGUGCUGAGGGUGCACUCCAUCCCAAAGUCUAUGUCAUUGAUGGAUCUCUGAGGGACAGUACUCAUGACCAGCCUCCACCACAGAGCCAUUGACCACAAUUGUCUGGCUGUGAUCAUCCGACCAAUUCUUUAUCCACUGAGUAGUUCAGCAUUCAAAUCCAUAGUUCUCCAGUUUAGAGACACGGGUGUGGUAUAGGACCAUGCUAAAGUCCUUGCGCAAGUUUAAGUAUCAGAAAUAUCAACUGCCCUUCCUUUGUCCACUGAUGUCUUUGCUUAUUCAUAGAAGGUCAUCAGACUGAUCAGACAUAAUAGGGCCUUGGUGAAGCCAUGCUGGCUGUUUAGGAUCAUCUCUACAUCUUGCAUGUGUCUUAUUAUCUCUUCCAGGAGGACCUGCUCCAUGACCUUCCCAGGCACAGAUGCAAAGCUCACUAUCCUGUAGUUCACCUGGUCUUCCUUUCUCCCUUUCUUAAAAAUGGGAGUAGUGUUUCCUUUUUUCCAGCCACCAGAGACUUGAUCUGACAACCAUGACUUUUUUUUUUUUUUUUUUUUUUUUUUUUUUUUUGCUCAGACCUCCUCUGGCUCUUUGUGUCUAAUUUUACUUCUCCAAGAAAGAGCCAUUAGCCUGGGGUGGGAGCUGGCAUCAACCUCUCCUGGAGCAAAGCAACUCGACUGUCCCGGCGCCGUGUUUUCAGAAUUCCUUAAAAGUAAAAAUAAAAAUACAAAGGAAUGAGUAAAUAGAAUGGACGCUCUGAUCCAGAUAGGUUAUGCCAAUCUGGUAAUGCUGACUACUGGCUUUGCUUUUGAAAGCUCCUUUCUCUGCUGCCCAGUGACCUAUACUGAAUUGAGCCCGGUGGUUAGAAGUCACAUGUGGUGCUUCCUUGUGUAUUUCACAGGUGGCAUCUUAGACUUUCAACAUUUGGGUAGGUGUCGGUUAAUUCUUUUAAGCACCGACUGAAAUAAAAAAAUCCUUCUAUUAUUACUUUCUGGCGUACUCAGUACAUAACCUGUAAUUAUUUCAAAAAAUACUUGUAAGUUUAAUUGGCAUAUUCUCUCCUAUUUCUUUGCUUUAAGUCUUUAAAUAGAGAAUCUUUCACCAGGGGAAUCUAUCUCAUUUUUAAUGCUGUUAUUCUCAUUAGGUAUCUUUUCUGUGAGCUACUCAUUUGUUGCUGAACCAGUUGGUAAAAUCUAAGGUUUUUUCUAAGGGAUGUGUUUGAUCUUAUUUUACACACAUGCUUAUUUUAACGUUUUUCAGGGUUUUUUGUUUUUUUUUUUUUCUUCACGUGUGUAUAUCUAGAGCAAUGUCAAUAUUGAAAUAUUAAAAUACAGUACGUUCCUCUCUAGAUCUUGCAGCUUAUGGCUCCUAGGACUAAACUGCAGUUGCAUUCCUAACAGUGGAUUUUGGAAAAUGACUGUUUCAAGUUCGUACUAGGAUGGCCUUACCUUCAUGUCAGAUGGCUCUUGGUGGCAGACGCAGGCACAGCCCUGUAGUUGCUUGGCCCUAUAUUCAUCUAGUAUUUUAAAAACUUUCUGGAAGUGUUGUAGCAACAGAAAUAAUAGCAAAUGAAAUUAUUAUGGAGGGAGUUAUACUAAUUCAAAGAGCUACAUCGGAGCUUUAAAAAUGAAAAUGAGUAGAUAAGACAUUCUGUAGUUCUCUUUCUAAAGGAUUUCAUCCUUUUUUAGUAUCUCACCGCUGUAACAGUGUAAUUGGUCUUUUUCUCCCUCUUUCUUAUCAGCUUUAGAUAGAUGUAGACCAAUCUUUCAUCUGUGCAAGCUCAGUGAAGCCGGAAACAGAUAUUUUGUUAAGUGUAAUUCCCUUUGUUAAAUUCAUUUCUAUCUGCAUUGCCCUGUGACCUUUUCAUCCACAUCACCAACAUUUCUGAAAGCUGAAGAGGAUCAGUAUAUAAAAGUACAGAUUGUGCCCCUAAUCUUAAUUUUAAAAGGAAAACAAUAUCAAAUACGUUAUCGAACAAUGGAAUGUAUUUUUAUUGCUGAUUGUUACCUGGGGUACUUUGUUAGGUGUAAUUAAUUAAAAAUUGUUUUCUUGGGAGAAACAUGUACCUUUCUGUUACAAAGAUUUCACUUGGACUUGGUCUUUUUUUUCCCAACUGAUUCUGUUCUGAAGCACGUCUGUAACACCAGUGGCACUAUCAGAGGUGCCAGGACGUGCUGCAGUGCUUACUGUGGCCCACAGGUCAGCUGCCACUACGAGGAAGUGCUUCCCUGUUGCCUCCCUGGCCUCUUUCCACUUUUCAUUAUUCCUUCUGCAGGAACCUUUGGAAUGUGUUUUCCACAAUAAACAAACCACAGAGUGGCUGAGUAGAGCAUCCACUAAAUAGGGUUAGAAAAUUGAGUUAAUAUAGAGCACAGCUUUGUCUGUGCCUAGGCAGGCCAGUUGUGGGGAGGAUGUCAUACCAGCAAUCUUGGAGAAGUGUAUUUUGUGUUCUAUUUCAUGGAUUUCUGGGUAGAUCAAAUUUUCAGCUAUUUCUUAGUAGCCUGGGUCUUGUGUUUUGAGAGAAUUCUGGUGUCCCUGCCAUUGUACUGCUUUUGAGUUUGGUGUCAGUGCACACGAGCUGCUUCCUUGCCUUGCUAAAGACUGGCUUCAUGGUGGGCUUGGGAUCUACAACAUACCGUACUCUGGGCUCAGAUCAAAUUCAGUUUGUUUUGUGGGAGCUGCCCUGAGGUUUGCCUGGGAGAGUUUUUAAAAGGCAAGGUCUGGGGAUUUAGGGAAUUUCAUAGUUCAUAGUGGAUUUGUUUGGUUUUGUUGGUAUAUUUUAAUUUUUUUGUGCAUUGAUGAUAUGUUUUUCAGUAUUUUCUCAUAAAGGAAAACUACAUUGAGUGAUUGAAAAGACAAAUUAAAUGAUUUAGUUCUUACUUCAGAUGCAUCACGUGGAAUAUGUGGCCUUAUGUCAGAGAGCCUUCUGUAGGCACACGUUGUUGGCCCAUUGCUGAGACCUACCUGACCCAUGGAGCAAAGGACAGUGUGGGCACUUUCAGUGUGAGCAGUGCUUACUGCUGAAGUCCAUCUUUGUCCUCUUAAUGUCAUGUGGUAGUCAUGGCAGUGAAAGUGCUCAGUGAGAGAUAUUAUUCAAGGUGGUAAAAACUGCACAGUCCUGGAAACAAGGAUGAAACCAAGGAGAAACACAAGGGAGGUCACACUGUUGACACAGUGCUGGAAUAGUGGCCGGUUGUAGUGGUGUUCCACUGACUGAUACAAUUUUUCUAAUGAAAAAAAAAAAAAAGAGUAAACUUAAAUAUUUUUCAUACCACAAAGUUGAUUAGCUAAGUGUUUUUCUCCUCACACUUUCAGUCAAAAGCUUCUGAAAGAUCCACAUUUACUUGUGCUUGGUUUGUAUCUUUUUCUGUUGACUGAGAGGAAACAGAUGUCACCCUCAGUCUUUUUGGAUGUUCUAGAUUUUCAGAGCUUUAAUAGGUAUUCGUGGAAAUUAAAUUUUGAGAGUAGGACCUAUGUUAAAUAUUAAGAUUUUGGAAAAUAAGGUCAAAGAAACCUACCUGUCUAUUUGAAUUUCAAAUACUGAUACUUACAGGAAAAGUUUGUAGUCAGUCUGCAGAUGGAAAAUGAGGCUUAGAAAGUGUUAAAGGGUUCAAGGAGUGUUAAUUUGAAAAGAAAUAAGCUUUUGCUAAUAGCUCACAAACUGAAGAUAUGACUCAUUUUUGCCAUAAAUUGUUUCAAUUGCUAGGCACAACGCUGAAGUCCCUUCAUAGAGGGAUUUGAUGAUUCAGAUUCCACAUCCAACAAAUACUAAAUGAGGUGCCAGGCCACAAAGUUAAAGAUCACUGGAUUGUACAUGCAUCAUGAAUGAAUCUGCCUCCAGCGGAAAUGGCCAGGAGUUUGAUGUAUUUAGUGUUAUGGACUGGAAGGAUGGCAUAGGUACAUUGCCAGGAAGUGACCUGAAGUUUAGAGUGAAUGAAUUUGGAGCCCUGGAGGUGAUUACAGAUGAAAAUGAGAUGGAAAGUGUUAAAAAAGCCAUGGCUACCACCACCUGGAUGGUUCCAACUGCUCAAGAAGCCUUUUCAGAAAAGACAGGGAUCUCCACAAAGUUGAAGGAAACUGCAAAAAUGGAUGGACUUGUUUUCUGUGAAAACUGUUACCACUAUGGUACUGUAGAAGAAUUUGUUCCUGAAGGGAAAUUUUGCAGCCAAAAAUGUGCCCAGCAAGUAAAAAACAAAGAACCAAAGGAGGAAAAGCCCAACAUGGAAUGCAAUGGGGAUGAUGAAUCCAAAGUCAUUCGGAAAAGAAAAACAAAAUUACCUCUCAAAGAAGAGUCCAGGGAUAAUGAGGAGAAGAAAGAGAAUCCCGAUGAAACUGAGGAUAAAUCUGAAGGCAGAAUUUUGAGGGUCUCGCAGAGAGCCAGAAGAAAACGAAAAGGGGAAAUAACAGUUUUGAAACAAACUGUAUCCUCUAAAGGGAAGCAAGUAUGGUGUUGGGCAUCCUAUCUAGAGGAAGAAAAGGCUAUUGCAGUACCUACUAAGCUUUUUAAAGAGUAUCAAUCCUUCCCAUACAACAAAAAUGGAUUCAAAAUAGGGAUGAAGCUGGAGGGUGUGGAUCCUGAGCACCAGUCAAUCUAUUGUGUUCUCACUGUAGCUGAGGUUUGUGGCUACAGAAUACGACUCCACUUUGAUGGAUACCCAGACUGUUACGACUUCUGGGUGAAUGCUGAUUCUUCAGACAUUCAUCCUGUUGGAUGGUGUGAAAAAACAGGUCACAAGCUUCAUCCACCAAAAGGAUAUAAAGAAGAAGAAUUCAGCUGGCCUUCAUAUCUAAAGGCGUGUAAGGCUCAAGCUGCUCCUAAAUCUCUGUUUGAAAACCAGAAUGCAACAGUGAUUCCAUCGGGAUUUCGAGUAGGGAUGAAGCUGGAAGCCGUAGACAAAAAGAACCCUACAUUCGUUUGUGUUGCUACGGUAACAGACAUGGUGGACAAUCGUUUUCUGGUUCAUUUUGACAACUGGGAUGAGAGUUACGACUACUGGUGUGAGGCAGCUAGCCCACAUAUUCAUCCUGUUGGGUGGUGUAAAGAACAUAAAAGAACUCUUAUCACCCCACCAGACUACCCACAUGCUAAGCAUUUUUCUUGGGAGAAGUAUUUGGAAGAAACCAGCUCGUUACCUGCACCUGCAAGGGCUUUUAAAGUGAAACCUUCUCAUGGCUUCCAGAAAAACAUGAAACUUGAAGUGGUCGACAAGAGAAAUCCAGUAUUUAUCAGAGUAGCAACUAUUGUAGAUACAGAUGACUAUAGAAUAAAAGUCCAUUUUGAUGGCUGGGAUAGUAUUUAUGAUUAUUGGACGGAUGUAGAUAGUCCUGAUAUCCAUCCUGCAGGCUGGUGUACAAAAACUGGACACCCUCUUCAGCCUCCACUGAGUCCCUUGGAGUUAGUGGAAGCUUUGGAGCAUGGAGGAUGUCCCACGGCAGGAUGUAAAGGAGUUGGGCAUGUUAAAAGAGCAAGACAUAUUGGCCAUCAUAGUGCAGUCAGCUGCCCAUACUCCGAGAUGAACUUGAACAAGGAAAGCCUCCUACCUGAUCGGCUCAGCGGGGAGUUGCCUGCAGCCAAUCAUGUCCCCAGAAAUAGAAGAGUGGAAGCAAGGGAAAGAUCCCCCUCUCCUAUAAUCAAUGACAGAAAAUGCCCGAGCCCUGGUCACAUAGGCACAAAAUCUGCAGCUCAUAAUCGAUCAUCUGGGAAAACUGUAUCAGAAACAACUAAGCAGGAAGACAGAGAAAGUGCAUCUCCUUACAAGAAGUCCCAGUUAUGUGAUGUGAAAGAGAAGAAGCCACCUGGAGGAGUACAGACAAAGGACUCUGUAAAGAACAAAGAGUGUGAAGAAAAAGAGACAGGAAAUAAUCUGCUCAUUUCAAAUGAAAUUAAAGUUAUUGAAGAACCCAAUACCCAGAGGUUUCUGUCUCAACCAGUUGUUGUGUCGUCAAAGCUGCAAAUCCCUGGCCUACCCUUGCGCUGGGAACAGCAAAGCAAGCUCCUGCCAAGUGUAGCUGGGAUCCCAGCCAGUAAAGUUUCUAAGUGGAGUACAGACGAGGUCUCUGAAUUUAUACGGAGUUUACCAGGAUGUGAAGAGCAUGGCAAGGUAUUUAAAGAUGAGCAAAUUGAUGGAGAAGCAUUUCUGCUAAUGACCCAAUCAGACAUAGUCAAAAUAAUGAGCAUUAAACUGGGACCAGCCCUAAAAAUCUUUAAUUCCAUUCUGAUGUUCAAAGCUGCAGAGAAAAACUCACACAAUGAACUUUGAAGAUAAUGGAAAACGUGUACAAGCCAGCUUCCUCCACUGGAGCUCAUGUUUUAUUCAAAGCACAAAGACUCACCAGAAUUAUUGAGUAAGGACUCUCAGAAAGGAAGAAAAGUAUGUUCUGCACUGGUGGACUAUUCAUAUUCUCCUAGAGCCAGUAUACAUCUGAAUCCUUCUGGGAAGUGCUCACGCUUUUAAGAAGGUACUUUUUAACAACCAAGUCAGCUUGUCUUAUUUACCAAACUAAUGCGCUAAUUCUCCAUGGAGGGUUAGGAUCUCUAACGUUCUCUGGUCAUCAAGAAAAAACCUUCAUUGAUUAUUUAUGCUGUAUUAUAUAAGGGAACAUUAAUAUUUUCUAAGAAUUCCUGAAUUCUGCUUCGUGUACCCAUUUCACUUUUCGGUAGCUAUUAUUUCUUACCAUCGAAAUAAAAAUUGGUUAGCCAAAAAUUAGGCUAUGGGUAGCCAGAUGAGACUGUUAUGGCUAAUGCAAAUUUGUGCCAUAGUUUAAAAUGAAACGGUUAAUGUUACAUAUGUGACACUUUAUGCUACAGCAUAUAACUUUACAGAUUAUAAAACUGUCUGUUUGCUUGUAACAAAACAAACCUUGUUGGGGUUGAAAUUAUAAUGCUUUUUUGAUAACUGAAUGUUUUUACUUUUGCACGAUUACAAAAAUGUUAUGUGAGUUUUUCCACCAGCAUCUUUAAUGUAUUUUACCAAAAGAUCGGUAUAGAGAAGGCUGCAACUGAAAAAUAAAGUUUGACUUCAUAGAAGACAUUCAUUUAUGCACAAUAGAGCCCCAGCCUUUUACAUGGGAGCCUGCUUACAGUCCUUCCACACAUGAAGGAAAAUACAUGUAUUUUGAGGUAAGACUAUUAGCAAAAAAAGAAAAUAUAUUUAUUCAUGUCUGCACAUGCUAGUCUCCAGUAUACUUACCAAAACAGUGGAGAAAAACAGUGUGCUAAAUCUAGGACUGCUACUCUGGCUUCAUAUGCAACAUAAGCUUGUAUUCCUAGUGGUGGAAAAAUUAUUUAACCCACCACUUUCCAGUUGAAAAAUCUGAUUUAUAAAUGAAGCAUAGCUGGAAAGCCAAAGCAUGGAGGGAAAAGCUACUUAAACACAUAUCCUGCGUAGGCAUGAACUAGGUAAAAGGCAUGGGUUUCACCAGGUCAUUAGCAAGGCUGCAGAUUCCACUAGCAGGUACUUGGAGGCUUAUUAUGUCAGGGAAAUUUGUUGCACUUGGUAUAUAUACGUAAGAUGUAAACCGGAUGCACUUUACACUGGAGAAAGCCUAGAUACUAAUAUACCAGAAUUUUGCUUUUACAAGAAGAGAGAGAGGAGUUGAAUCAAGCUUUUGGCAGCCCGCGUCUUAGUACUGAGGUGGGCAGUUGCUUAGUCUGUAUCCAUUGCACAGAACUUGGAGAAUUUUAAAUCUUCCCUCAGAUUUCACUAGGCUGUUCUUUGGCUGAAGUUCCUUAAGAUUUCAAGAACCCUUUGUGCCCCUUCCAGAUCACACUGGUGACUGGUACCUGCCAUAAUAUGAGGUAAAACAGGGUCAGUAUGAAGUAAGUUGCAUUGCUCUAUUAAUUUCCUUCCAUAGCAUUGCAUAAAUAAUAUUUUUACAUUUUUUGUUCAAUAUUUGUACAGUCAAAUUGCACUCUUAUUGUACUACAAUACAAAUAAAACCUGAAUUGGA